GCGGAGGAGGCAGGAUGGCGACCCCGGGCGGGAAGACGCCCACCCCGUCCCCCCUGGCUUCCAAGAGGGUACUCCCGGCAGAUCCUCCCUCCGAGGUCCCGCACAAGAGAAAGAACGCAGGGCCUCUGCAGUCGCGGCUGCCGUCGUCCGGGCCUUUCGUGGAGGGCUCCAUCGUCCGCAUCGCGAUGGAGAACUUCCUAACAUAUGACAUCUGUGAAGUAUCUCCCGGACCUCACUUAAACAUGAUUAUUGGAGCGAAUGGAACAGGGAAGUCAAGCAUUGUGUGUGCCAUUUGCCUUGGAUUAGCAGGCAAACCUGCUUUUAUGGGACGGGCAGAUAAGGUUGGAUUUUUCGUGAAGAGAGGAUGUUCCAAAGGCAAAGUUGAAAUUGAAUUGUUCAGGACUUCUGGAAAUCUUCUUAUCACCCGUGAGAUUGAUGUGGCAAAAAAUCAGUCCUUUUGGUUCAUCAACAACAAGUCUACAACCCAGAAAGUAGUAGAAGAGCAAGUUGCAGCCUUAAAUAUUCAAGUGGGCAAUCUUUGCCAGUUUCUACCCCAGGACAAAGUUGGAGAAUUUGCAAAACUCAGCAAGAUUGAACUCCUUGAAGCUACUGAGAAGUCAAUCGGUCCUCCAGAAAUGCACAGAUAUCACUGUGAACUCAAAAACUUCAGGGAGAAAGAAAAACAACUAGAGACCUCAUGCAAAGAAAAAACUGAAUAUCUAGAGAAAAUGAUUCAGAGAAAUGAAAGAUAUAAACAAGAUGUAGAGCGGUUCUAUGAACGUAAGCGACAUUUAGAUUUAAUUGAGAUGCUUGAAGCCAAAAGACCGUGGGUGGAAUAUGAAAAUGUUCGGCAAGAAUAUGAAGAAGUAAAACUAGCUCGUGACCGAGCGAAAGAUGAGGUCGAAAAACUUAAAGAAGGACAGAUCCCCAUUACACUUCGAAUUAAGGAAAUUGAAAAGCAGCGUUGUGAUUUGGAGGCUCAAAUCAAACAAAAGGCAACCGAUAUUAAAGAGACAUCUCAAAGAUGCAAACAAAAGCAAGAUGUUAUAGAAAGGAAAGAUAAACACAAAGCUCCUCAGCUGCCCCUCUCUGUUGCUCAUCCAGAAGUUACUGAAUCUCCUCUAUAA